AUGGCGGUGGAGAUGCGGAGGAGGAACAGGACAGAACUUCUUCACACCUGGGAGCUGCCCAGUGAAACGCUGGACUCACAGCAGCUGCAGGAGUUGAGGGUGAGGCGCAGGAACGUGGAGCGGGCUGUCGCGGCGCCCGGCUCACUGCGGAGGCUUAUCUGCCUUCACAUGUAUCUUGGACCGGCUCCUGUCGCCAUGCCGCCGGCCGCCGGCUCGCUCGGGUACCGACUCCGCGACACCUUGCCCGCGGUGCUGUGGAUCGGGCUGUUGUGGAGCAGCGUCUCAGCGGGAGAUAAAGAAGUCCCCACAGCCGCCCCCUUUACCCCGUCUCCUGUGGCGACGCCAGGGAGCACAAAGGGAAACAGCCCCAAAGGCAAAAGCUCGAGCGCCGUGGCCGGAGGUUUGCUACAGUCAGUGCUGGCUCAAAAAGAACGACUUGUCUCCCAGAGAGGGGAGAUCCUCCCCUCUGCUCUGCCCCAGAACCUGCUCCCUCUUCUGGGCAGAGGACUCAGCAUCGGCUCCCUCCCCGGAAGUCACUCCCUGGAGCAUCAGAGUGGGGGAUUACUGAGGAGGGUAAAACCCCCGGCAUCAGCUGCAGUGUCAGGCCGGGGCAGCGAUCCAACCGAACCUCCUCCUACAGACACACACUCCCAGCUGCCUCACACACAGACACACACUCCUGAGCAGGAGGCCGAGGUCACCACUGUGAUGCUGGACGUGGACACUGAGACGGGGACACCCUCGUCAGCUGUGCAGAGCUGCAUGGUGAAUUUCUCAGACGCAGAGGGAUACAUAGACUCCUCUGAUGACCCCCCUCUGCCCGACGGCACCUUCCUUCACUGCACCUACACGGUGACCGUGUACACCGGCUACGGGGUGGAGCUGCAGGUGAAGAGUGUGAACCUGUCGGAGGGCGAGCAGCUGUCCAUCAGGGGCGUAGACGACCGAGGGUCCCUGCUGGUCCUGGCCAACCAGACGCUGCUGGUUGAAGGUCAGGUGAUCCGCAGUCCCACCAACACCCUGUCCGUCUACUACCGCUCCACGCCGGAGGGAAGCAUGGGCAUCUUCCAGCUGCACUAUCAGAUCUUCAGGCUGAGCUGUCCUCUCCCCAAGAGGCCUCACUUUGGGGAGGUGUCCGUGCUGGACCUGCUCCCUGGAGGCACUGCCCGCUUCCACUGCCACAUGGGUUACCACCUGCAGGGGGAGCCGCUGCUCACCUGCAUCAACGCCUCCCUGCCGGCGUGGAGCGGCAAGGAGCCCAGCUGCAGGGCUCUUUGUGGAGGGACAGUGAAGAACGCCACAGUGGGGAGGGUGUUGUCCCCUUCUCCCCACCACGGGCCGAACGCCACCCAGGACUGCUCCUGCUCCUGGUCUCUGGAGGCCCCCAAGGACCAGAGGCUGCAUCUGCAUCUGGAGAGACUGGCCUUGGGACCCACUGACAGGCUGGUGUUGUGGAGCGGGCUGGACGCCGGCUCUGUGGUGCUGUUCGACUCGGGCCGGGGCGGACAGAUCCCCUUCGAGGGAGUGAUCAGCGAGGGUCCAGCUGUGAGGAUCCAGUUCAUCACCGAUCAGCCGAACCACAACACGGGAUUCAACAUCCGCUAUGAAGCUUUCGAGCGCGGCCACUGCUACGAGCCGUACCUGCAGAACGGAAACUUCACCACCUCCGACCCGAUGUACGGGGUUGGAGCUGUGGUCCAGUUCACCUGUGACCCGGGCCACUCGCUGGAGCAAGGCCCUCCUGUUAUCGAGUGCAUCAGCGCGAGGGAUCCUUACUGGAACGACACAGAGCCGCUGUGCAAAGCGCAGUGUGGAGGAGACCUGACCGGUCCAGGGGGGGUGAUCCUGUCUCCGAACUGGCCCGAGUGGUAUGGAGAGGGGGAGGACUGCAGCUGGAGGAUACAUGUCGGGGAGGACAAACGAGUGCUGCUCGAUGUGCAGCUACUGAACAUCAGCGACAGUGACAUGUUGACCAUCACCGACGGCGACGAGGUCACGACACGUAUCCUGGGUCGGUACGUCGGAGGAAGCAGCCCCUUCAAGCUCUCCUCCACCACCCCUGACCUGACUGUCACCUUCCACUCCGACCCGGCGGGGCUCGUCUUCGGCAAGGGCGAGGGCUUCAUCAUCAACUACAUGGAGGUGUCCCGGAACGACUCCUGUCCAGACCUGCCCGAGAUCCAGAACGGCUGGAAGACGACGUCCCAUGUUGCGCUGGUGCGCGGGGCUCGUAUCACCUACCAGUGCGAUCCCGGUUACGACCUGGUGGGACGGGAGACCCUCACCUGUCAGUUAGACCUCUCCUGGAGCUCACAGCCCCCGUUCUGUGAAAAGAUCAUGUACUGUUCGGAUCCGGGCCACGUGGAGCACUCCACCAGGUCCCUGUCGGAUCCUAAACUCCUGGUGGGGACAACCAUUCAGUACAGCUGCAACGCCGGCUUCAUCCUGCAGGGCGGCGCCACCAUCACCUGCUACGGCCGCGAGCCGGGGACCCCCGUGUGGACGUCUCGGCUCCCUCACUGUGUCUCUGAGGAUUCGGUUUCCUGUGAAAACCCCGGUCUCCCUGACAACGGCUACCAGAUCCUGUCCAAGAGGCUUUACCUGCCUGGCGAGUCACUCACCUUUGUCUGUUACCAAGGUUACGAGCUCAUUGGAGAGGUGGCAAUUAAAUGCAUCCUAGGAAACCCGUCCUUUUGGAGCGGCCCACUUCCUCUGUGCAGGGCCAACCAUGACUGCUUUGGCAACCAUGCUUUGGAAGUUGCAGAGGCGACUGCGGGCUCCACUCUGGAUGGCGGGAACAUCGCUCUGGCCAUCUUCAUCCUGGUCCUGCUGCUGUCUGUGCUGCUGGGAGGAGCUUACGUCUACGUCACACGGUGCCGAUAUCACUCCAACUUAAGGCUGCCUCUCAUCUACCCCCACCCUUACCGACAGAUCACUGUAGAGACAGAGUUUGACAACCCGCUCUAUGAGACAGGAGGGCAGGACACUCGUGAAUAUGAAGUAUCGAUAUGAGAAGCCUCACAAAAGACAUUUCUGAACCACAAACCGACCGCCUCGUCCUAACUCUUCAUCCUCUCCUCCCUCCUUCUCCGCCCAGGAGGAGGCGAUGUAAAUACAAAUAGAUGAUGAUGUCCAGCCCCUUCUGCCAUGAGACGCAGCGGUUGAUCCCUGUUCUCUCCUCCUUUGACGUGACAGCUUCUGAAGACAUGAUGGGAAACGGGAGAGGAGAUAGACAGACAGACAGACAGACAGACAGACAGACGGACCUGUAUGCAUCAGAGUCGCCGGGAGGUGAUGGGAGAUGUAGGACGGAGAGAAAAGACCCGAAGAUCAUCUGAGAACAUCGAACAUGGUGAGAAAAGAGGAACGUGUUGGGUGUGAAA